AUGGAUGUGCCUGUCGCUGCCAAUGUGCUCGGCACCAUCGGCGCUGUCUGCUGGUCCAUCCAACUCAUCCCCCAAAUCAUCAUCAACUACCGGCGCCACCACGCCACCGGCCUGCAACCGGCAAUGAUGAUGUGGUGGGCCUGGGCCGGCGUGCCGCUCGGCGUCUACAACAUCGUGCAAUCCUUCAACGUGGCACUCCAAAUCCAGCCUCAAAUCCUCUCCUUCCUCUCGCUCGUGACGUGGAUCCAGUGCCACCACUACCAGAAGCGGUGGCCGCUGUGGCGGUCGCUCAGCGUCGUGCUGCCCAUCGCCAGCGUCAUGGCCGGGACGGAGGCCGCGCUGGUCUUCGCGCUGCGCAUCGGCAUCGAGCGCCACGGCACGCGCUGGCCGCUGACGCUGAUGGCCGUGCUGGCCGCCGUGUUUCUCGCUGCCGGCGUGCUGCGGCAUUAUUGGGAUAUUUGGCGCCAUCGGACUGUGCGUGGGAUUUCGUUUCUGUUUGUCGGGAUUGAUGCGGCGGGCGACUUGUUUAGCCUCGUGUCUGUCAUUUUUCAGCCUGAGCUGGACGUGCUCGGUAUGGUCACGUAUGGCGUCGAGUUGGUGCUGUGGCUGGGCGUCUUCGCGUGCGGGGGGUACUUUAAUUUGUGGCCGUGGUUGAAGAAGAAGAGGGCGGGCGGUGGUAGCAGUGAGAGUGAUGAUUCUGGCGUUGCUCAAACCGAGAACGGUGAAAGAGGUAUGGACGCCUCCGUGCCGGGACAAGGGGCAGAGAGCAGCGCCGUGGAGCUGCACGAUCUGCCGUCUUCGACCUCUGUAUUCAGGACGCCAUCCUGCGACCAACACAAACACAUGUACAGUAUUCAUGGCAUAGACGAGAGGCUCAACGUCGCGACCAAGAAAUAG